CUAACUUCACUCUCUCCUCGUCCAUCUACCCACUUGGGGGUCUCUCCGCUACUAAUUCCUCACCUGGAAAUGAGUACUAGUGAGAUUUGUCAGUUAGACGCCUGCCUUAUCACUCGACUUGGUGGACCCAAACAACAGCUGGGAAGCCCAUUCCAUCAACAACAACAACAUCAGCAUCAGCAUCAGCAGCAUCAUCCUCAUCAGAGAAGGAAGCCCGACGCCCAUCAGCUGCUGUCGCCCCACAACUGUUUUAGCUGUUCUCCUAUUCCCAAGGGAAACAACCCAUUAUGCUAAUGAUACUUUGUCGUUCAGGGGACUUUCAAGGGACUUUCUCGAGCCUUUAAUCUCUUUCUUGUUCUACCAAAGUCAACACGUUUGGUGUUUUGAUCUUUCUCG